CCAUUCUCCUCUCGCCACUCUCACCGGCCCGAGCGCUCGAGCGAACCGUGAGCGACCCUCGCCCACCGCCUCCGUUCCCCAUGACGAUAUCGCUGCCGGCGACGGCGGCGGCUCUGUCCGUCGUCCUCGCCGCGCUCUGCCUCCUUGUGGUCCCGGCCGCCGGAUUCUACCUCCCGGGCGUCGCGCCCAACGACUUCGAAAAGAAAGACCAUCUCCCUGUGAAAGUCAAUAAACUGACUUCAAUUAAGACACAACUUCCCUACUCCUUCUACUCUCUCCCAUUCUGCAAGCCAGAUACGAUCGUUGACAGUGCUGAAAAUCUGGGUGAAGUUCUCCGUGGGGAUCGCAUUGAGAACUCUCCAUAUGUGUUUGAAAUGAGGGUACCUCAGAUGUGUCAAAUAGUCUGCAAGAUUUCAGUUGGGGAAAAAGAAGGAAAGGUUCUCAAGGAAAAGAUUGAAGAUGAGUACCGCGUGAACAUGAUUCUUGACAACCUACCUCUAGUUGUUCCUAUUCAAAGAGUGGAUCAAGAAGGUGCUUAUUUCUAUCAACAUGGGUUCCAUGUUGGAGCCAAAGGACAAUACUCAGGGAGUAAGGAUGAAAAGUACUUCAUCCACAAUCAUUUGUCCUUCACGGUGAAAUAUCACAGGGAUGCACAAAGGGAUGUUUCUAGGAUAGUGGCCUUUGAUGUAAAACCCUACAGUGUCAAGCACGAAUAUGGACAGUGGAAUGACAAGAAGACUCAUCUGACCACUUGCGAUCCGAAUGCGAAACGUAUAAUUACAUCAUCUGAUUCUCCUCAGGAGGUUGAAGCUGGCAAAGACAUUGUCUUCACAUACGAUGUGGAUUUCAAGGAGAGUGAUAUCAAGUGGGCAUCUCGCUGGGAUAGUUAUCUGCUGAUGACAGACGAUCAAAUCCAUUGGUUCUCCAUUGUAAAUUCUCUCAUGAUCGUUCUCUUCCUUUCCGGAAUGGUUGCAAUGAUCAUGCUUCGGACCCUUUAUCGGGACAUCUCCAAGUAUAACCAGCUUGAGACUCAGGAGGAAGCCCAAGAAGAAACUGGAUGGAAGCUUGUUCAUGGUGAUGUUUUCAGGCCGCCUGCCAACUCUGAUUGGCUCUGUGUUUAUGUUGGUACAGGUGUCCAGUUUUUUGGCAUGAUGCUUGUCACGAUGGUCUUUGCAGUCCUUGGCUUCCUUUCUCCAUCCAACAGAGGUGGACUGAUGACAGCUAUGCUCUUGCUUUGGGUUUUCAUGGGUUUGCUUGCUGGCUACUCUUCUUCACGUCUUUACAAGUUGUUCAAGGGCUCAGAGUGGAAGAACAUUGCCUUGAGGACAGCAUUCACCUUCCCUGGCAGUGUGUUCACUGUUUUCUUCUUCUUGAAUAUUCUUAUCUGGGGGCAGAAGUCCUCUGGUGCAGUUCCAUUCACCACAAUGUUUGCCCUUGUCCUCCUUUGGUUUGGUAUCUCGGUGCCUUUAGUGUUUGUUGGGAGUUACCUUGGUUUCAAGAAACCAGCCAUUGAAGACCCAGUGAAAACAAACAAGAUACCCAGGCAGGUACCUGAGCAAGCCUGGUACAUGAACUCAAUCUUUUCGAUUCUAAUUGGAGGGAUCCUUCCAUUUGGAGCUGUGUUCAUUGAGCUCUUCUUUAUCCUGACCUCCAUCUGGCUGCACCAAUUCUACUACAUCUUUGGGUUCCUCUUCCUUGUCUUCCUUAUUCUAAUCGUCACAUGUGCCGAGAUCUCGAUUGUGCUCUGCUACUUCCAGCUAUGCAGUGAGGAUUACCUGUGGUGGUGGAGAUCAUACUUGACAUCAGGAUCUUCUGCCCUGUACCUCUUCCUAUAUGCGACUUUCUACUUCUACACAAAGCUGGAGAUCACAAAGUUUGUGUCAGCCAUCCUUUACUUCGGCUACAUGCUCAUCGCCUCGUAUGCGUUCUUUGCCUUGACGGGUACAAUUGGAUUCUACGCCUGUUUAAUGUUCACUAGGCUGAUUUACUCGUCUGUGAAGAUUGAGUAACAGUGCUCUUCUCCCUAGUUGUCUGUGAAGAUUGAGUAACAGUGCUCUUCUCCCUAGUUUUCUGUUGACAUGGUGAAGGUCGAUGCUGUGGCCAGUGAAUGCCGCCCUCUAAAUUUAGCUAUGUGUGGCAUCAGUUCUGAGUUCUGAAAGCUGGCUGUUAAGAUGAAGUGGUGAUGUGUUAUCCAUGGUUAAACUAUCAUAGCUAGCUCCGUGAGUUUUAUUCUCUUGUCCUUUUUUUGGCUUUAGCAUCUGGAUCACGAGGAUGCCUGUGAAGUACCAGUUGUGAAUUGUAUGUGGAUGCUGAUAAAGUACCUGUUGUGAAUUGUAUGUGGAUGCUGAUAAAGUACCUGUUGUGAAUUGUAUGUGGAUGCUGAUAAAGUACCUGUUGUGAAUUGUAUAUGGAUGCUGAUAAAUCUCAAUUACUUCAUGCCAGAAUGUAAUGUAAUUGUUGAUGUA